AGCCAAAUGUGGACGCAGACAGGUGCUGCUGUGAUUCACCGUUUCCUCGCUUCCAUUCCAUGCACUUUUCAUGCAUUCUUUGUCUUCUUCUUCUUCUUUUUUCCAUUUUUUUUUUCCUGAUUUUACAAGGUUUCCCGACCUCAACAUUAAUGCCAGCUGGCCUAAGAGUGAAAUCAGUCUUGGAGUCUGCGGUGGGUCUGGACUGAUAGGAACUCAAGUGAAUCACACGAUCCCAACCCAUGAUCGAAGCCAAAUCUUGUAGUUUACCGACAAUGUUGUUCUUUGUUGACUUCGAAUUUGUAAAGCUUUAUAUUUUUUUUCUUCCUUUAGUUUUUGGUUUUGGUAGAUGAACAAACUCGGACGGAGAAAGCAAAGCUGCAUUUGAAUACCAUUUUGUUUUUAAACAUGUGCUGUGUUUGAACUCCUAAGGAAAUAAAUAGACUGGUAUGCAUGAGAUUCUCUCAUGUUGUUCUAUUUUUCCUCAAUUUUGGGUUAGAAGAAAAUAUCUAGAUCGGUAGGCCUGAACGUCUAAGUGGGAUUAUCCAAGAUUAGUUUUGGUUCUGAUAAAAGAAAUCUACCAGUAAGAUUUCAAUUCAUCCAGCAACUUGGAAAUAGCUUUUCUCGUUUCAAGCAGGAAUUUGAAUGGUGUGGUGUUGCCACAGCAAAAACCAUAUAAAGGAGUUGUCCUCAGGAUUCUGGUAUAGUCAAGAAAUUUUGAACAUCAAUAGAAAUUUAAACAUUCAGAUCAAGGAAAAGAGCACUUGGUCGAUAUAGUCAACAAGUUUGAGACUUCUUUGCUGGUGUUGAUUUUCCUGUAAAGAAAAUGGUGGGAAGCAUUGAGACAAUGGGUCAUACUUUAUACUCGAACGGGGCUAUUCAGAAGUUUAAUGGUUUGGAAAAGAAGCUUGAUGAGCUUCGCAGUCUUCUUGGCAAGGCAGAUAGUGAUCCACUGAGGAUUGUUGGUGUUGGGGCAGGUGCUUGGGGAAGUGUUUUUGCAGCUUUGCUUCAAGAUAAUUAUGGUCAAUAUAGAGAGAAGGUCCAGAUCAGGAUAUGGAGAAGGCCUGGAAGAGCUGUCGAUAAAGCUACAGCUGAACAUCUUUUUGAAGUGAUCAAUUCGAGGGAGGAUGUGCUGAGGAGGUUGAUUCGGCGCUGUGCGUAUUUGAAGUACGUGGAGGCAAGAUUAGGAGAUCGGACUCUAUUUGCAGAUGAGAUUUUGAAAGAUGGCUUUUGCUUGAAUAUGAUUGAUACACCACUUUGUCCUUUGAAGGUUGUGACUAAUUUGCAGGAGGCUGUUUGGGAUGCGGAUAUUGUGAUUAAUGGCUUGCCUUCUACAGAAACUCAUGAGGUGUUUGAAGAGAUCAGUCAUUAUUGGAAAGAGAGAAUCACAGUUCCUAUCAUCAUCUCUUUGGCAAAAGGUAUUGAGGCUGCACUGGAUCCUGUUCCCCACAUAAUAACUCCCACGCGAAUGAUUAACCGUGCAACUGGAGUACCUAUGGAGAACAUCCUUUAUGUUGGUGGACCAAAUAUUGCAUCUGAAAUUUACAACAAGGAACAUGCUAAUGCUCGAAUUUGUGGAGCUGAAAAGUGGAGGAAACCUCUUGCAAAAUUUUUGAGGCAGCCUCAUUUUAUUGUCUGGGACAACAGUGACCUUGUCACGCAUGAAGUCAUGGGUGGCCUGAAGAAUGUCUAUGCCAUUGGAGCUGGAAUGGUGGCGGCACUUACCAAUGAAAGUGCUACCAGUAAAUCAGUAUAUUUUGCACAUUGUACAUCAGAGAUGAUAUUUAUUACUCAUUUGUUGGCUGAAGACCCCGAGAAGCUUGCUGGACCUUUGCUGGCUGAUACUUAUGUAACCUUGCUAAAAGGCCGUAAUGCAUGGUAUGGCCAAAUGUUAGCCAAGGGUGAGCUAAGCCUGGAUAUGGGUGAUAGCAUCAGUGGAAAAGGAAUGAUUCAGGGUGUCUCUGCGGUGGAGGCUUUUUAUAAGCUUCUGAGUCAGUCUAGCUUAAACGUGCUGCAUCCUGAAGAAAAGAAGCCAGUGGCUCCCGUAGAGCUUUGCCCCAUCUUAAAGACACUCUAUAAAAUACUGAUCUCGAGGGAACAGUCAUCAUCACAAGCUAUUUUGAAAGCUCUGAGAGACGAAAACCUGAAUGAUCCUAGGGAACGCAUUGAGAUUGCACAAACCCAUGCUUUCUUCAAGCCUUCGCUUCUGGGACAACCUCGAAUCGAUCUGAGAAGCAUUUGUUAUACGAACACAUGAUGAACAAAAACAUAUUGGUCGUUGUAAUAGUUUGUGGACUGAAUUUAUACAAGUAUCUGGAUUUAUCUCCACGUUCCAUAAACAUAAUAAAAGUACUGUGGUGAUGGAAACAAUAUACAGAUUGGCAUUGUUUCAUAUA